UUAAUUUUGGCAUUUACGCCUACAAACACAGUAUGGGGGCAUAACACUGCCCUUGUUGGCUCUAAAAUAUACUAUACAGGUGGUGUGAUUCCAAAUGGAACAAUUUGGAAGGAUGUUAAAGACUUUUUUAAUACACCAAAUCAAUAUGCCACACAAUCAAAAGAAUUUUAUUAUCUAGAUGUAUCAGUUCCUUUUAAAAUAACCGAAAUUAUAACAUCUUGGGUAGAUCUUAGUUCAGUGUCAAUUAUUCCACCACAUUCCUGGAGUGCAUUUUCGCUUUGCGGACCCGAAAAUAGUACUUUAGUAAUGUUUGGUGGCGAUUUUGGGAAUACAACUCCUGCAAACUUGGUUUUUACUUACAAUACAAAAACACUACAAUGGAGCAAUCCAGUAACCUCUGGCCAACCUCCAAACAAACAUACACGUUCGGUUUGUGACUUUAAAACCGGAAAAAUGUAUAUGUUUUCUGGGACUUCUAACACAGUAAAUGCUUCCAUGAAUAUUUUUGAUACAAAAUCACUAACAUGGGAAGUUGGAAAUUUAAUUGGUGCACCAUCGGGAAGAUUUGAUUAUACAGUUACUUUAUUACCGAAUGGUAAUAUAGUCUAUAUAGGCGGUGUAGAAUCUUCUGGUGUGAUACCUUUAUAUAAUAUCAAUGAUAACACAUGGUCUUCAAUGAUUACCACAGGUUAUCUGCCUACACCUCGAGGACAUCAUUCAUCGGUUUUAACGAAAGAUGGUCGUAUUAUUGUAUAUGGAGGUUACGUUGAUCGAAAUACAUUGGUUCCAGUUACGGACGAUCUUAUAGUGUUAUAUACAGUAGGAUCUGUUUUUACUUGGUCAAAAGCAAAUGUUUCUACUCUUUCACCGCCUUCACGUUGCUAUCAUUCGGCUACUUUGGUUGAUCAUUAUAUGAUCGUGGCUUUUGGAAGAAAUGAUCUCUAUCUACCAUCAUUGACAAUGAAUGAA